CUCGUUGAUGUUCGGCGUCAAAACCGUUGCUGCAAAGAGGGCAGUGACCGUGUUUUUGCAGAUUUCUGUCAUUUCUUUGGGAUAGCUUUAUCAGAAUAAGAUAUAUUUACGGCCGUGAAGUGAAGCAGACCACCUUUCUACAAAUGCAAGCUAUCAAAUGCGUCGUGGUCGGCGACGGGGCGGUGGGGAAAACCUGUCUGCUGAUCAGCUACACCACAAAUGCCUUCCCCGGUGAAUACAUCCCCACAGUAUUCGACAACUACUCUGCCAAUGUGAUGGUCGAUGGCAAACCAGUCAACCUUGGCUUAUGGGAUACCGCAGGACAGGAAGACUACGACCGUCUCCGUCCUCUCUCGUACCCACAGACGGAUGUGUUCUUAAUAUGCUUUUCUUUGGUGAGCCCUGCGUCCUUUGAGAAUGUCCGUGCAAAGUGGUACCCUGAGGUGAGGCACCACUGUCCCAACACACCAAUCAUCCUGGUGGGCACCAAACUGGACCUUAGAGACGAUAAGGACACCAUAGAACGGCUGCGGGACAAAAAGCUGUCGCCCAUCACCUACCCCCAGGGCCUGGCUAUGGCCCGUGAGAUUGGUGCCGUGAAGUACCUGGAAUGCUCCGCCCUGACUCAGCGUGGUCUAAAGACUGUAUUUGAUGAGGCCAUCCGCGCUGUUCUGUGUCCUCCGCCUGUCAAAAAGCGCGGCAAGAGGUGCGCGCUUCUCUGAGAUACCACAGCGAGAGUUCCUGGCACCCCCACACAAAACUCUAAUAUUUUGAAUCAGCCUUUUCGGAAAAUAUGACGUCCUACUCUCACAGGUUUGGUAAUAGGCGUCCAUCAAGUUCUAAUACAUUGAAUGCACAUUACUGUACAUGUAUAUGAACCAUUGGCUAGACUUGUCAGUCCGAGAGAACAUAAUAUUCCAUUUUAUAUUGUUUAGAUGAGAAGUCUUAGUGGUACAGUGUAAUUGUUGACAUACUGUAAGGAAGUGUUUCUUGGUGUUGUAAAGGAAGUGUCAAUGGAACGGAAACUUAAGUUGAUUUAGACAGUCUUGUACAAAGCUAACCAUCUACAGUAUUAGCAUUCGCUUUGGUGUCAGUCAACAUGAAACAACAUUCACAAGCCAUUUUACUUCCUCAAUGUGACAAUUUAACUCCAAUUUAACUUCUUUUAACUAAGAAAAACGUAUAGGACGGGACUUGAUUGAAUUCUUAUUUUAUUGUGAAUUGGUGUAUGACACGUUGUCGAAGGGGUGUGGCUGACUUGAGGGCUUGGCGAUGAAAAAGGGAAGGCGGCGGAGUAAGUUAUACCGAUAUUUUUCCUUUGGAAUAAUGUGACCUGAUGCAGUUACAUUUCAUAGGAAAGUGGGUUAGUAAAUAGGGCUCGUUUUGAUUUUACGUUAAAGCCUCAAACUGUAACUUUUGCCUUUAUAUCAACAUAACAAUUGUAGUCUUUACAUGUAUUGAAGUGAAAUCAUGUUAAACUGACAAAGUCUGAUCCGACAGCCCAGCUCAAAAACCACCAUUAUAAGCUUACCAUUGUGAAUCGGGGAAGGGUGAGAUGACGGUUUUGAACACAGGUGAUUUACCUGUGUAUUUGCUCAGAUUGCAGCUUUAACUUUAAAACCAAAUGCAGUCAGAAAAACAAUCAGGUGUUUUCUUAUCAACUAUUAAACAACUUGGCCAUUCCAAACACGGGGAAAUGGACAUUAAUACAUUUGACUUUUUUUCUAGGGUUUAUGUAUUGAUAAACCCACUUUUGAUCUUUUCUUCCGAGAUUAAAUACAAUUCAUCCUGAUCUACGAUGAAGGGUACAGCGUCAGUAUCUAAAAUAUUCAAGCUUUAGUUGAACAAAUGCCUAUUAAUGCGUGUGACUUGCAUGCUACAAGAAGCCUUGCUAACCCGAAUGUCUGUUUUAAUGAAGGACAUGCAUGGGCAUUUUGCUCUCGAUCUUUCCCACUUUAGAAACGUUGUGAAUACUGUACGCGUCUGCAUGUGGUGUGAGUGUGGGCAUUCGUCAGUGAUGUGAGUGAGUUCUGAAGUCUACAUGGUCAGACACAGUAUACUGCGUCGGUGCUACAGCAUAUCCUGUCUCUCACCCAACUUUGUAAAUAACUAUCAAAACGGACAAAAAAGAUGAUUUUCACAGCUGCCAAAAGACAUUUCCAUGAUGUAAGAUAGUAUAUUUAAAAUUGUUUUAGAUGAGGAAUGCAUUAAUAAAUCCAUUCAUGUUUUA